CAUAAAUUAUCUAUAGAUACAACUGGACACAAUCGUCGUUGUUCGAAGCGACGACCCCGCGUGUUACAUCAUCUACUGCUUUGGAGUACACGCCAGGGGAAACAUACUAGAGGCAGCAUACUAAAACCCCUAAUCGACAAAGAGUGCUCAAUCCGACCUCUGCGUGCUAGUUCAUCGCAUCACUACCUGCAUCACUACUAACGCAACCGCGCGGCAGAGGAAUGCCGCGAGGUAACCCAAAUGUUUGGAAGAAGCAUGGGCAGAGCUACUCGGAGCUGGCUGGCUCGUCAACGGCUGUGGAGCAGCACCAGCAGCUAGCGCCGCGCAAGCUCCCGCCCGUGUCCCGCGCCGAUGUGGAAGCAGUGAAGGCACUGCCAGCGGCGGGCACACCCGCCAAAGCUAUGCCGCGUGGCGCCGGCACGUUUGUGAUGCAGAACACUUGGAGUAUGGGUUCCCCCUCCCCCGCCCAGCCCUCUGCUACUACCGCCGCCGCCGUCGCCGCCGCCGGCCGCAGCGCCAGUGGGCGGGAAGCCGGGCCAGGCCCGUCCUCGCUGUCAGCGAGUAUGCCGAUAGCAUCAUAUGGCGGCGGCGGUUGUGGCGGUGGUGGCAGUAGCACGGCGCGGUCCGCCGCGACGGAGCAGCGAGCAAACUACAUGCCGCCACCAGCAGGCUACCGGCGAGGGGCGAGCGCCUCCACGCCCACAUCAGAGAUGCCCCGACCCAACUACCCCAACGAUUGGAGCACCUCCAAGCAGCAGGACUACAAGCCCGAUGUCCUGUCACGCCUGGACCCCGCGCGGCCCAUCCGCCACCGCGACAGCGGCCGGCUCCUGCCCCAGGACAUCCCGUCCGGCGAUGCCGCCGCCACUGCCGCCGUCUUCACCACCGCCACACGCGCCGCCUUCACAGGCCCCAGCCGGGCCGAGGCGUCCGCCAUUCCGCCCGGCGGCGGCACGCGCACACAGCCGGCGGGGUACAACAUCAUCACGGGGGCGGUGCCGUACGCAAAUAAUGUUUUCGAGCAUUGGGAUGGGCGCGACUACCGGCGGCACCGGUGACACACACACACACACACACACACACACACACACACACGCAAGUAGCGGUGGACACGCGUAGCGGGUGGCGCACACAGCGGUCGGUGUGGCGGUGGACGGAUAGAUGCAUACGUGGAAGACUGGUAGACGAGAUAGACAGCUAGGAAGGCGGCCGGCGGAAAAUGAGUUGUAGCACUUGACAGGCAUUCUCAAGCCCAGCAUCCGCCGAGACUCAGCACCCCGGCGGACGAAUGUCAUUGUGUGGUCACAUAGCGGCUGGUUGGUGAUGAAGCAGAGGUAGGAAUCUGGCCGCUUUGGCACUGUUAACGAAGUGCUUCCUAUUUGCGAACGUGGACGCAUAAGACGCCAGUAGAGGCUGUGUAGAGCUGUGUGGCAAGCUUGAUUGGCUAAUGGCGAAUGGCACGCAAUUGGCGAAUGGCAUGCGACAGGCCGCCAGCAGCGGGUUGCUGGUUUGUGGGGUCAGAGGUGCAGCCCGUCAGGGUAGGCUAGUAGCUAAGUAGGCAAGAAAAUAAUGACGACUGCGACGCGGCAUUGCAGCAUUGUUCAGCUCCUUGUGCGAGGUGUGAUUGGAUCUGGGAUGGAAUGAUGUGGGCCGUGGGCGGGAGCGGGAACACACAGGUGCUGGCGGCAUUACGGCAGACGUAAGCGCAGCCACGUCGCAUCGUCACCACUCACCACGGUGUACUGCGCCAAGUACGGCGCGGGCCAUCUCAAGAGAUGAAGAGAGGCAAUGCUGAGAGCCUGAGACGGGCUGCGGUCGGUGAUUCAUAUGUGAACUUGCACUAAGAAGUAGCAAGCCCCGGAUACAGAAGGUGACGUUUGUGAGAGCGACUGAAUUCAUGCGUCUGGCGCGGUGUCGCCGUGUGCUGCUUUGAAUUCUGAACCGGAAUCUGCAG